AUGUACCAAAGAAAUUUGCAAGCAUCGCUAAAUGAAAUGAGCCUUCCAAAGCGGAUAUAUUCUAACGUGGAUGUGAUCAACAAUCGAAAUCUUAAUGCGUGCCCGAAUUGGAAUUGUAAAAUUGAGAAUGGACAAAAAUCAAACCAAAGAUUACGAGAAUAUGAUGCCAUUGUCAUGCAUCCUUCAGAAGGAUUUAAUAUCGAGUAUGAUUAUAAACCACCGCCCGAGCAAUAUUUCGCUUUUUUUAGCCAAGAAUCUCCCGUUAAUACAGGCAAACUUUUGGAACCACGUACGUUCAAUUUCUCUCUUAAUUUUCGUCGUGAUAGUCCAGUAUCAUCGCCAUAUGGGUAUGCUGUAAAAUUAGCUCCAAAAUCAAGGAAAUUUGGAACUGUUAUUGAUGAAAGAAUAAUAUCCGGCAAAAGCCAUCCUAUAACAUGGUUCGUAAGCAAUAGUAAAACAGAAAGUAGGCGAGAGCUUCUCGUCGACGAACUAAAGAAGCAUAUCAAAAUUGAUAUUUAUGGGACGCAUGGCAGCCUUAUUUGUCCAAGAAAUAGUGAAUGCGAAGAUCUACUGGAUACAAAGUAA